CUGAACACUACUAAUUAAAGGAGACGUCUAAAAUCUUUGAUUAUCUACUUGUCUCCCUGUCUAAAAGUUAAUAAACAAUCUAGCAUGACUCAAGUUUUUCAUCUUCUUCAACAUAUUUGCCAUCUUUACUAUUACUUCACACGUCAAUCCAACAACAUAUUGAAUUCUAAAAUUUUUAAAAUUUAUCAAAUUGCAGCUAACUAAUUAACAUACUGAAUAUACCAUCGUAACAAACUUUUUCAAUGAGCUAUAAUCCAACCAUUUUAACUAUAUUUUGCCGACCACACUCGCAGGAUUAGACUCAGACCUAAUAGACCACCAAACUGGUAGUGAGUUUUGAAGCAGAACUUUAAACUCUGGUCGAGGGUUACCUGCCGGUAGGUCACCUGAUUAACUUGGUCGAUAUGUCUGUCUGUCUUAAGCUAAUUGCCAAUUAGCAGUGUGUCGGCAUUCCUACUCAAGGCCUAUCAUUCAUUUAUUCUCAAGAACAUAAUUUAUAAACAUGCACUGUAAUCCUAAAGUAAUCCUAAAGUAAUGAACUACAAGAAUGAUCAAAAUAUGAAUUCAGGAGAACAUAAAUUUUUUAUAAUUCAAAUAAAUAUAUUAAUACUUGAGGAAUUGCAAUCCCAUAAAGCAAACAUGACCCUCAUGUUUUGUGUUUCCUAACAGAUUUAAUUGAUUUGUCAGUGGUUGUACUUAAUUACUCUACAUGGUUUUGGUUAUGUGCGCCUUAGCUCUGACAAGGAAAUUUAGUGGCAGAUUGUUAGAUCUUUCUGGUCACUGCUCGACCUGAAGUCUGGCUCAGGCACUGCUAUAUAUAAACAGGACACCCUUUCUUUUACAAGCAACACCUCGGACUCUUUACAAUGUUGUUCAUCGAUUUUUCCAUUCUUCUGCUACUCUUCGGAGCUUGUUUCUGGUUCUUCAACCUCUGUCCUGCCAUCUUAACCAUGACCCGAAACACCUCCAGGAAGCGACCACCUGGUCCCCCUGGUUUACCACUUAUCGGUCAUCUCCAUAUGUUAGGAAAACUCCCCCACCGUACAUUCCACAAGCUAUCCCAAGUAUACGGUCCAAUAAUGUCCCUAAAACUUGGCUCUGUGUCCACAAUUGUCGUCUCUUCUCCAGCUGCUGCAGAGCUCUUUUUAAAGACCCAUGAUGCCAUUUUUGCAAGCCGUCCCAGAUUGCAGGCCAGCGACUACUUAUGGUACGGCACUAAAGGGAUGGCGUUUAGUGCAAGUGGCGAUUACUGGAGGAGCGUGAGAAAGUUCUGCACGUUGGAGCUUCUAAGUUCCUCCAAGGUCAACUCCAUGGCGGGGCUUAGAAGGGAAGCACUGGUGGUGCUGGUUGAGUUCCUGGAAGAAGCUGCAGCUGCAAGUGAGGUUGUGGAUGUUAGUGAGAAGGUUGCACAUCUGACAGAAGACGUUACUUUUCGAAUGUUGUUAGGGAGGGGCAGAGACGAAAAAUUUGAAUUGAGCGAGGUGAUACAAGAAUUGGCUGAGAUCGUGGGAGCCUUUAAUAUUGCAGAUUAUGUACCGUUUUUAAGGGCACUUGAUCUCCAGGGAUUAACUCGACGGCUGAGAGUUACAAGCAAGGCAGCAGACAAGAUUUUGGAAACCAUUAUUGAUGAUCAUGAACAAGACGCUGAUAAAAGCGACAGAAAGCUUGACAGGGAUUUUGUUGAUGUCAUUCUAUCUUUAAGAAACGAUUCGACAGGUCCUCAUGGGAAAUUAGCGCAGACCAUUGACAGAUCAAGUAUCAAAGCAAUCAUAUUGGAUAUGAUAUUUGGAGCCAUUGACACCUCCCAAACUGCAAUCGAAUGGGCUAUGUCAGAACUCAUACGACAUCAGAGGGUGAUGAAACUAGUUCAACAAGAAAUUAGAAAUGUCACAGGAGAUAGUGAAUUUGUGGAAGAAUCACAUUUGUCUCAACUAGAUUACCUAGACAUGGUUGUCAAGGAAAGCAUGAGACUCCAUCCAGUAGGCCCCUUACUAAUUCCUCGCGAGUCGUUGGAGGACAUAGUGAUAGAUGGCUAUUACAUAGAGAAGAAAUCGCGCAUUAUUGUGAAUACUUGGAGCAUAGGACGAGAUCCUAGAAUUUGGUCGGAUAAUGUGGAAGAAUUUGUUCCCGAGAGAUUUGUAGGCAGUGAUAUUGGUCUGCAGGGAAAGAGUCCUCAACUUAUGCCAUUUGGGUCAGGACGAAGGGGGUGUCCAGCCAUGUACUUGGGGCAGAUAAACAUUAAAUUGGUGGUGGCACAGUUGGUGCAGAGCUUCAACUGGGAGCUCCCUUUUGGCAUGUCACCUGAUGAAUUAGAUAUGCAAGAAAGUUUUGGUUUGACAAUGCCAAGAGCAAAGCAUCUUCUUGCCAUACCCAGUCUUCGCAUGGAUAUACCGCGUUCUUAAGGACAUGACAAUGUUUAUCGUAUUCACUGUUCAAUUAUUUUGUCACAGCUGCUUUGUUUAAGCUUCACUGUCUACAUAUAUUCGCAUACCUUACUUUAUACUCCUCCCGACGCAUUGAAUUAUACUCCCUCCGUCCCUCCCAUUUCUUAUCGAAUGGGUUGGGCACGGAGGUUAAGAAAUAUGAAUAAAGUAGUGGAAAAGAGAAAGAAAAGUGGGUGAAGUGGUGGGACCUAUUAAUUUUUAAUAUAUAAAAA